UGCCCGCCGCCAUUGGCAUCCCGCCCCGUCCAGAACGCUUGAUGAAGGAGCCGGAGCUCUGCACGCGCUCCGCAAACUGCGGGUGCCCUCUGUGCCAGCGGUCCGUCGGGCUCGCGCGCCCAACCUUCUUUGAGCCUGAGCCUGCCCACCCUCCUCCGACUGCCGGCGUCUGCCUCCGCCGCGCGGGCUGCACCUGCGCCUACUGCCUCAAGGAAUCGCAGAGGCUGCCCGCGCCGGUCCCGGACGAGCACCACCCGCCCGUCCGCCGCUCCUUCGUCGACGAUCCGCUGCUGCCGGAGGAUGGCGGGGAUGACAACCUCUCACCUCCUCGCUUCGUCAUCUCCGAGGCGCCGCAACUGAGGCGGCGUCCUCCGGCCCAGCCGCCUCCCGCCCAGCCGCCUCUGGCCCAGCCGCCUCUGGCCCAGCCGCCGCCCGCGCGCGCCAAGAAGGCGGGCGUCGGGCGGCAGAUGCAGCGGCUGGGGCACUUUCUCACCAACGACCACCCCGACUACGGCGCCGCUGCCGGCGAAGCAGGGCACCGGUCCGCGCCUGCGAUGCGGAGGGUGCUCGAGCGGCGAGGGAGGGAGAUGGAGGCGCUCAAGGCGGCGGCGGCGGCGGCGGCCUGCAAGCGGAGCGGCGGCCACAGCGACCCGCCGAGUCUGCGGCUGCCACCGGAGGCGCCGCCCGCGCCGCUCUCUUGCCCCUCCUCGCCGCGUCACCGCCCCGCGCUGCAGCCGCUGCGGCAGCCUCGCCCCGCGCCUGCGCCGCCGCCCGUUCCCCCGCCGGCGCCCGCGCCUCCUCCGGCGCCGCCGCUUCCCGAGGCGGAGGCGGAGCUCCCCCUGCCGCUUGUGCCGCCGCGCGGCCUCUCCGGGAGACGGCUCGGCUCGGCUGGCCUCUGCUGCGGCCGCUCCUCGGCGUCGAGCGCAGCCCGCUGCUCCGCCGCCUCCGCCUCCGCCGCCGCCGCCGCCAGCGGUGCCGCCACCACCGCCUCCUCCGCCGCCGCCGCCUCCUCCGCCGCCGCCGCCUCCUCCUCCUCCGCCGCCGCCUCCUCCGCCGGCUCGUGGAGGGCGUCUCCGGUGGGCGGCUCCCUCGACUCCUCCCUCGCAGCCUCCCUCGACGCUUCCCUCGCCGCCGACCCAGCGGCACUCCUCGGCCCGCCGCCGCCGCGCGAGCCGCGCUCUCGGCUCGCCGUCGGCGGCAGCCUGCCCCCCGGCAGCCUCGCCGCCGCCGGCCUCGGCACGGGCAGCGCGCUCGCCGCCAGCCGCUGCGCCGGCGCGGGCGCAGGCGGCGGCGGCGUUGGCGGCGGCGUUGGCGGCGGCGUUGGCGGCGGCGUUGGCGGCGGCGUUGGCGGCGGCGGCGCUCCUCGAGCGCGAGGCGUCUGCGCGCCGUCGGCCGUCGCGGUCGCGGCGGCGGGGAGGGCGGCCAAGGCGGAGGCGGCGCGUGCCCGCGCCGCUCGCGCCGCGGCGGACGGGCAGAGGAGCGGCUCUCUGCACGAGGCUUGGACAUGUCCCGGACAUGUCCCGGACCUGUCCUCGAACGGGCAAAGGAGCGGCUCUCUGCGCGGCUCCGCGUCUCGCCGCUCCUCGACGCGCGCCUCCUCUUCUGCCGACGCGGGCGCGGCGGGCGGAGGCUGCUGGUUCUCGGGCUUGCGGCUCGCGCCGAGGGCGUCUGCUGCGGAGGCGGACGCCGCCACAGGGCCGGCAGGGCCGCCACCAGCAGGGGCGCCACCGCCCGCCGACGCGGGAUCGCCGCCGCCGCCGCCGUCGCUGCGCCGCUGGGCGACCAGCGCCGCGGAGUCUGUCCGCACGUCCUCCUUCUUCCGGCCCUCGCAGCAGCAGGGGCGCCUCGCCCGCGGCGCCGCGCCUCUUGGCGCAGACGCGGGCAGCGGCAGCAGCUGCGCGGUUCGCACGGGCGAAGACGACGCUGCGGCGCCGCCCUCGCCGCGCCUCGGCCAGGGCCUGGCCGCCGCGCUGGGCAUGCCUCGCUUGCCGCGGAUGCGCAGCGCGCCCAACGCGUACGCCCGGCGGGGCGUGGAGGUCGGUGGCACGGGUCAUGGUGCGAAUGCCGUCCCGCUGGCUGAAUCGUGCAGGUAGGCUGUGCGGUGAAACUUACCCGGGUGUAGAGAUGAAAUGUUUGGUCAUUUGAAGAGGUUCGUGGCGGGGCCGGGGGCCCUGUUUGAAAGCCCCGUCGACCGCUC